AUUCAUAAAAGUAAAUAUAGCAUAGACAAUUUUGGCAAAAUAAAAUCUAAAAAAAAAAAACUAAAAGAGAGAGUAGUACUAGUACCUUGUAAAUCUUGUAUAUAUGCUCCAUAAUUUUGUUAACAACCAAUACAAAAGCGACAGCAUAAACAACCUAGUUUUCCCAAAACUACCCUUUUACCAUAAAUUCCCUCUUCUUGAGAAACUAUCUUUAACAAGCAUACCCUUUCUCUAGUAAGUUUUACCAACACUUCCUUUCAUUUUCAUUCUCCCCUACAAAUAAAAUCUCACUUCCACUUCAUUCCCUCCAUUCAUAAAUAGAAACCAACCAUGUUCUCUUAUUGGUCAUUUUUUUCUUCAUUUUCUCUCGUCUAUUGAAAAAUUAAAUGUUUUUACUACUAUUUUAUUUUUAUUUUUAAAAAAACAAGGGUUUUACUAGGAAGUCUUGAUAUAUUUUAAUUUGGGACAAAUAUAAAAAUUUGUACAUCAAAAUAUGUGUAUCCAAGUUUAAUUUGUGGUGGUCGUCUUAUAUACUUAUUUAACCGGGAGAAAUUGAAAAAAGUAAUAAUAAAUCUCGAAUUAGGGAAAAUGGGGAGGGGUAAAGUUGAGUUAAAGCGGAUCGAAAAUAAGAUUAGUAGACAAGUAACAUUCUCAAAGAGGCGAUCUGGGUUGUUGAAGAAAGCUCAUGAGAUCUCUGUUCUUUGUGAUGCUGAAGUUGCUUUGAUUGUUUUUUCUACUAAAGGCAAACUUUUUGAGUAUGCUAGUACUGACUCCAGCAGCAUGGAAAGAAUCCUGGAAAGGUAUGAGAGGUACUGUUAUGCAGAGAGACAGCUUGUUGCUACUGAUUCAGAGUCCCAACAAGAGGGAAGCUGGGCUAUGGAAUAUCCAAAGCUCGUUGCUAGACUCGAAGUCUUACAAAGGAACAUGAGGCAUUAUGUAGGAGAAGAUACUGAUGCAUUGAGCCUGAGGGAGCUCCAACAUCUGGAGCAACAACUUGACAUAGCUCUUAAGAGAAUCAGAAGCAAGAAGAAUCAACUGAUGCAUGAAUCCAUUUCUCAGCUCCACAAAAAAGAAAAGGCAAUGCAGGAGCAAAAUAACCAAUUAUCUAAACUGAUGAAGGAGAAUGACAAGAAGGUUGAGGAACCACAAAAAGACGAUCAAAACCCUAGCCAACUCUUCAUGUUACCAACAUCUAAUCCAUUUUCAUUUCCUGCUCUCACCAUUGGAGGUGCUUAUCAGGAGAUGAGAGAAUUAGAGGAGCAAGCGAACCCGGAAGCCGAAAUUCCAGCCAGAACAAACACUAACAUCCCGGCAUGGAUGUUUAGUCAUGUUGGUUAAUAACAAGUUUGAUUAAUUCGUUGAUCCCCCUCGAUCUCGAUCAAUGCUCUAUGAUUCAGCUCUCUGAUUAAAAUGCUGAAAGUGUGUGUUUCCUAGCUUCUACUAAUUAUUUGUAAAUCAUAAUAUUAGACAGCAAAAACCAAAAUCAAAGGUGUUUGGUUGCUGCCAAACAACCGUACCUCAUUAUAACUUCACGGCUUAGCUAGUAAAUUACGAGUAAUUUAGUAAAAUAUCUACUAGUAAGUAUAUUAGUAUGAAUGUAAUCUGGUUUAUUCGAAUGUAUGUAUCUCUGGUGUACAAAGGUUCCACCUUGCAUUGCAGGAGAAUUUAACUUCAAGAUUUUUCACAUUAUCUUCAA